CGCCCUUCCCCGCACCCCCCCCCCCUCUGUCUCCCCAAUGAAGAUAAGAGGAAAGAAAGAAAAAAAAAAAUCCUUCUUCUCUUCCAUUGAUUCUCUCCACACUUGCCGCUUUUGAUGAUUCCUUUUCCAUUAAUUCUCGCCUCUUUCCAUGCCCGUUCCAUCGAUUCCGCGUGGCGGGCUGCCUUCCUGCUGGAUUUCCGCGUCACUGAUCCAUGUGAUUCUUUCCCCCUUUUCUUUCCUCCUUUUCAGAUCGAAUUUUUCGGAUAAGGAACCACAGAUUUCUCCCAGUUUUUUCAAAUAGUCGGAUAAAAGCGAGUUGUCUGGGUUUGAUUCGGUGUAAUUGGUACAAAGGAGAGGAAUUCGAAGCCGGUGGAGGCGUGGGAGUAAGGGGCGGGGAGGAGAAUUUGGGGAAUCAUGGCGGCGAAGGCAGCGGGAAAUCAGACGGUGCCACUGGCCGUGCUGCUGAAGAGGGAAUUGACGAGUGAGAAGAUUGAGAAGCCUGAUAUCUUGCAUGGGCAAGCGAGCCAGAGCAAGAAAGGGGAGGACUUCACCCUGCUCAAGUCGGACUGCCAGCGCAUUCCCGGCGACGGUGUCACCACCUUCUCCGUCUUCGCUCUAUUUGAUGGGCACAAUGGUUCUGCAGCUGCAAUAUAUGCCAAGGAAAAUCUCUUAAAUAAUAUUUUAUGUGCCAUUCCCUCAGAUCUUAGUAGAGAUGAAUGGCUAGCAGCGCUACCAAGAGCUUUGGUUGCAGGGUUUGUUAAAACAGAUAAAGAUUUUCAAACUAAAGCACAUACCUCUGGAACAACUGUGACAUUUGUUAUAAUAGACGAAUGGGUUGUAACUGUAGCAUCAGUCGGUGAUUCACGUUGCAUACUUGAAUCUGCUGAAGGUUCAAUUUAUUACAUGUCUGCAGAUCAUAGGCUAGAAGCCAAUGAAGAGGAGGUGGAACGUAUAACAGCGAGUGGAGGUGAGGUUGGGAGACUGAAUGUUGUUGGUGGUGCAGAGGUUGGCCCUCUCAGGUGCUGGCCAGGUGGCUUGUGUCUAUCAAGAUCAAUUGGAGAUAUGGAUGUUGGUGAAUUUAUUGUUCCUGUUCCUCACAUCAAGCAAGUAAAGCUAUCGAAUGCUGGUGCUCGUCUAAUCAUCUCAAGUGAUGGUGUAUGGGAUGCUUUGACUUCUGAAGCAGCUCUUAAUUGCUCCCGUGGCCUGCCAGCAGAUGUUGCAGCAAAUCAGAUUGUUAAAGAAGCUGUGCAAGUCAAAGGACUAAGAGACGAUACUACCUGCAUUGUAGUUGAUAUAUUACCUCCAGAGAAGGUAACUCCUGCUGUUCCGUCACAAAAGAGGCAAGGGAUGGGGGUAUUCAAGAAUAUGUUUCGCAGAAGGUCUUGUGAGUCAACAUCUCAUUCAGAUAGAGGCUAUUCUCAGCCAGAUGUUGUGGAAGAAAUAUUUGAGGAGGGAUCUGCAAUGCUUGCCAAAAGGAAGCUUCAGCAGACUUUAGUGGUGCUGAAUUGCUGCAGAGGAGCUUCCAUGAAUCCUGAAAAUCCACUUGGCAAGCAGGAAUCCUACCUUGUUCAUUCUAAUACAAUCUCAUGCAACCAAGAAGGAAUCGGUUAUAAAUUGAAGAGUAAUGUCAGCAGAACUGGUACCGGGCACCGUACCAGUUGUUCGGCAGGACGAGUCAGUACGGGCCCGUGCCGGGCUGUGCCGAGCCUUCACCGACACAGUGCAAGAGGUGGGGUAGAGGGAGAACGAGAGAGGAAAAGAGAGAGAAGGCGAAGAGAGGGAGGGAGGUUGGCGGCGACCGUUGCCGGGGCAGCAGGCGAAGGCUCUUUUUCUCUCUUUCCUUCUCUUCUGCCUCCGGCAAUGGUUUUUGUUUUCGUUGCCGGAACCGUCCCGGUGAGCUCCCGGGAUGGCUCGGAAUGGCCGGAACCGCCUGGUUCGGGACGGUUCCGCCGACCCUGCUCAAGAGUCAAAUUGAUUCUCAGUCCAAUAUAUUUACUCUAAUAUAUCACAUUAGAAGUCAAGCAAGAUUUGUAGUAUUGUUUAGGGCUGGAAGUAUGCCUUGGACCGACUACCUUAGAGCCUUCAGGCUUGAACUGUUAUAAUUGAAGGUUGGGCUGAGCCUGAAUACAUUUUGGGUCAGCUUUGGGCAACCCUUGCUUCACCUUGAGCUUGGUCUGGAGCCUUAUUGAAUAGUUAUGACAUGUUCAUUUAUAAGCAUAUGUUGUUUUACUUUUAUCUUUUUUUUUUUUUUGAAAAAAUUAGGCAGUGUCUAAUCACUUCCAUUAAGUAGAUGAAAAGUACAGCAAAUACAAAAGAGUCAAACAGCAUUAAGAAAUACCAUAAAAAUAGAACAAACAAAAGAAUAAAGAUCAACUUUUCUCAACAACACUGAACUUUGUCUCUGGCUUAGCAAUCUUUCACUUUAUUCACAACUUCGACAACACCAUCAGACUGGUUUGUAGACAAUCUUUUAUUUCUUUGUAUCCAAAGAGCUAAACAGAUAAUGGCUGCAAGGGUAACCCAGCCCAACAUCUUGUAUAGAACCAUAUGAUAAUACCAGCUUGAUGAACUUGUAGAAAACAAUUUGCAACAAAUAUCAUUGGAGUUUGUGACAAGCAUUUAAUGGGGGAUAUAAGUGUUUAUACGGUAAAUGAUUAAUGGU